AUGAAGGUUUCUACCGUUGCUGUGCAGGCCGCUCUGGCCUCCGUGGCCGCUUCGGCCGCUGUCGAGCUGAACAAGCGCGUCACUCCCCUGGACGUCAAGCUCGAGACGCUUAACAACAGUGAAAUCAAGGCCGUCGUCACCAACAACGGCAACACGGACUUGAACCUUUUCAUCCGCAACUCCUUCCUCGACAGUGCCUCGAUCGAGAAGGCCGAGGUCUACAGCGCCGAUUCCCGCGUUGCCUUCGACGGCAUCCGCCAGCGCAUCGGCACCAACAACCUCACCAGCGACUCUUUCCAGAACAUCCCCGCCGGCGCCAGCAUCGAGGCCACCUGGGACACGGCCGAGAUGCACGACCUGUCCGCCGGCGGCGACUUCGACAUCCUGACCCAGGGCGCCAUCCCGUACGCCAACCCCAACUCGACCACCAUCGUCGGCGCCGUGCCCUACCUCAGCAACCGCGUGCGCGCCAACGUGCUCAGCUCGCACGCCAUCAAGGUCCGCCGCAACUUCCUGGGCAAGAUCGAGAAGCUCAAGAAGCGCUCCACCCUGACCGACUGCUCGGGCGACAAGAAGACGAGCACCGAGACGGCCAUGACCAACUGCCAGAAGCUCGCCUCGGCCGCCGCCGAGGCCGCCACGUCCGACAACGCCGCCUUCACCGACAUCUUCAAGCAGGCCGACGCCGCCGAGGUCAAGAAGGUGCUCACCGCCGUCGCCGAGGAAUGCGGCAGCACCACCUCGGGCAGCGCCACCUACUACUGCGACCAGAACUCGGUGCCCGACGAGUACGCCGUGGGCGGCUGCCAGUCGCAGGUGCUGGCCUACACGAUGCCGUCCGUCUCGCUCGUCGUCAACUGCGACCUGUACUACAGCGCCCUGCCCGACCUCACCACCACCUGCUACGACCAGGACCAGGCCACCACCACCCUGCACGAGUUCACCCACCUGUCCGAGAUCAAGGGCACCGACGACCUCGGCUACGGCUACAGCGCCGCCACCCAGCUCACCGGCGCCCAGGCCCUCAACAACGCCGACAGCUACGCCCUCUUCGCCAACGCCGUCGCAAACAGCUGCAGCGGCUCGAGCUCGUCCUCGUCCUCGUCGUCCUCGUCGGACAGCAGCACCGGCACCGGCACCUCCACCGGCUCCGGCACCGCCACCACCCCUGAGACGUCUGGCUCCGGCUCCGGCUCCUCUUCCGGCACCGGCACCGGCACCGGCACCGAGACGGGCUCUGGCAUCGGCGGCCUCUUCACCCCCACCGUCGGCGGCGGUUCGUCGUCCGGCUCCGGCACCGAGACGGGCUCCGGCAUCGGUGGCAUCUUCACGCCGAUCGCUGGCGGCUCCUCGACCGGCACGGAGACCGGCUCCGGGUUCGGCGGCAUCUUCACCCCGAUCGCUGGCGGUUCGUCGCCUUUCGGUGGCGAGUCGUCCGGGACGGAGACUGGCUCGGGCAUCGGCGCCAUCUUCACCCCGCCUGUCAUGGGCGGCGCGGGCUCGGGCUCGGGCUCGAGCUCGAGCAGCGAGGAAGACUCGUCGUCGUCGAGCGGUUUCGGUAGCUUUUUCUCGUGGCCGCCGAGCUGGUUGUCGGGGAGCAGCCGUCGUGCCGUUAGGGGCGCGUAA